AGCAUCAAUGCACUGAGCCUGAAACAGUUCGGACCAGAGAAACUUUGGGUAAACAUGGCUUCUAGACAUCAGGUCCAGCGUCUGACGGAGGAGCUCAACUGUGCCAUUUGUCUGGAAUUCUUAAACGAUCCUGUUAGUCUGGACUGUGGCCACAACUUCUGUCGCUCCUGUAUCACCCGGAGUUGGAAGAAGCAUAAGGAAAACUCCUGUCCAGAAUGUCGCCAAGUUACUGCUGAGAGGAAACUGAACGUUAAUUGGGCCUUGGCCAUUUUAGUGGAGAAAGCUCGUGAAUUCAUUCUGGACCCAACACAGAUGGCAAUUAAACCUCAGUGUGAGAAACACCGGGAGGAACUGAAGUUGUUCUGUGAAAAAGACAAGAAAUUGAUGUGUGUAGUUUGCAGUCAUGGGCAGGAACACAGAGGUCACAGCUUGCUGCCCAUUGACGAAGCUGCUGAAAUCUACAAGGAUCAAGUGAAGUCCUCUUUAACUUCUCUCACAGAGAGGAAGGAAACUGCUCUACAAGCUGAAGCCAACCAGAGAGAAAAGAUUUCACAAGUUAAGGAACAGGUGAACAGUCUGCAGUCUCACGUCACGGGUGAAUUUGCUAAAAUGCACCACAGCCUGACUGACAGAGAGCAGCGAGUAAUCCGAGAUCUCAGACAGCGAGAGGCGGAGAUUUUAAAGACAAUGGAAACAAAUCUGCGAGAGAUUCAGUGCAAAUUAGAUUCUGUUCAACAAGAACUCUCCGAGUUAGAGUCACAACUUGGAAAAGACGCUCUCGCCUUCCUGCAGUUAAAAAGAGUCCAAUCUGCUAUGAAGAGACCAGGCACGUUAUGCAGAGAUCCAGCUAGUUACGCAGACACUUGGCCUGUUAUACAGAGAUCAGGCUUUAAUACAGAGAUAAGUUUCAAUCAGGAAAUGCUCAGGAUCAAAAUGGCUUCUAGACUCUCGGUUGAGAUCUGGACCGAGGAGAUAAUUUGCCCGAUUUGUCUGGAUUUCUUCACUGACCCUGUUAGCCUGGGCUGCGGCCACAACUUCUGUCGCUCCUGUGUCACCCGGAGCUGGGAAAAGCAGGAGAAAAACUGCUGUGCUGUUUGUCAGGAGACAUUUACAGAAAAGAACGUCACAGCCAGUUGGGCCUUGGCGAGUCUAGCAGAGAAAGCUCGAAAAUUGGGCCUGACCCCGACACAGACGGAAAAUAAAAUUCACUGUGAGAAACAUCGGGAGGAACUGAAGCUGUUCUGUCAAUCUGACAAGAAAUUGCUGUGUGUAGUUUGCAGUCAUGGGCAGGAACACAGGGGCCACAGAUUCCUACCCAUUGAGGAAGCUGCUGACAUCUAUAAGGACAAAUGGAAAUCCUCCUUAGCUUCUCUCACACAGAGGAAGGAAACAGCGAUAAAAGCAGAAGCCAAACAGAGAGAAAAGAUUUCUCAAGUUAAGAAACAGGUGAAAAGUCUGCAGUCCAACGUCACGGCUGAGUUUGAUAAAAUGCACCAGAUUCUGAAUGUCAGAGAGCAGCGAGUGAUGCGAGAUCUCAGACAGCGAAAUAAGGAGAUUUUAAAGCGAAUGGAGACAAAUCUGCGAGAGAUUCAGUGCAAAUUAGAUUCCGUUGAACAAGAACUCUCCGAGUUACAGAUACAGAUGGGAAAAGACGCUCUCACAUUCCUGCAGGAGGAAGCCGCUGGCAACAGAAGGGUCAGUAACGAGGGGUUUGAUCUGUCGGUGUGUGAGGCUGAGCUGCCUGUGGGGAUAUACAAAGGGCCUAUACAGUACACAGCCUGGAGACAGAUGAUACACGGCAUCAGCCCAGCUCCGGCCUCUCUGACUCUGGAUCCUGACACAGCGCAUCCCUACCUCAUCCUGUCUGAGGACCUGACCACCGUGAGAGACGGAGACACACGGCAGCAGCUCCCUGACUCCCCGAAGAGGUUUGAUACCAGUAUCUGUGUCCUGGGGUCUGAGGGCUUCACAUCAGGGAGACAUUACUGGGAGGUGCAGGUGGCCAACAAGACAGAUUGGGAUGUGGGAUUGGCCCGAGAGUCUGUCAGCAGGAAAGGAGAGAUCACAGUGUCACCAGAGGAUGGAUUCUGGGCUGUGAUACUGAUAAACGGGGAUCAAUAUGGAGCUUGUACCUCACCUCCCACCCGCCUGCCCCUAAAAGAGAGACCCGGGAAGCUGGGAGUUUAUCUGGACUAUGAGGGGGGAGAGGUAACAUUUUACAACGCUGAUAACAUGUCUCAUCUCCACACUUUCACCCAGACUUUCACUGAGAAAAUUUAUCCUUACUUCAAUCCCUGUUGGGGUCACGGCGGUGAAAACUCUGAACCUCUGAGGAUCUGCCGGGUGACAUAUUAAUGAGGAGGGAACACUCAGCCAUUACCUGUGUUUGGCUGUGAUGGCCACCAGCAUGAACCUUUUAUAAUCCGUGUCGCUAUACAAUAAAGCUUAUAGUUUAUAUUACACCUUUCA